UUCGCAAUCUUCCGCCUUGAGUAGCAUGGCGCCGUCAUACUCGCCGGAGCCGGAGGCGCCGUUCCGGCCGAGGGAGAAGGUGGUGGAGAAGCAGAGGUACUUCCAGAGCGUGCACAGGCCGACGUACCUCAAGGGGCGCUACGACGUGGUCACCUCCGUCGCCAUCCCUCUCGCGCUGGCCGCCUCCAGCAUCUUCCUCGUCGGGCGCGGGAUCUACAACAUGUCCCACGGCAUCGGGAGGAAGGAGUGACCAUUUGGGGUACCGAUUGAAUUGAAGCCAUCUCUUCUGUGUCGUCUCAACACCUAAGAGCC